GUGAAGGGUAUCAUCGGCCAAUGAUACACACCCUUCAAUUCAAGCACACAACACUCUACCAAAAUAUCUUCCUAUUCGUCUGUUUCCCUUAGUUCUCAUUUUCUCUUUGUCAUUUUAUCAAACAGUUGAAAUACACUAUAGUCCUACUACAGCCACAGCCAUUGUACGUGUUGACUAAAUUAUGGCGGAUCAGCGGAGAAAAUUGAUGAGCGAAGGUGUAGUAACUUAUGCAUACAUACUUCUCUAUAUUGCCCUCUCUAGUGGUCAGAUCUUCUUUAACAAGUGGGUUUUGUCAUCAAAAGAAAUAAACUUCCCGUAUCCUCUUGCACUGACGCUACUUCACAUGGUCUUCUCCUCAGUACUAUGUUUUGUGCUUACCAAAGUUCUCAAGAUAAUGAAGGUUGAGGAAGGAAUGACUCUAGACAUAUACAUUAGCUCAGUCAUCCCAAUUGGUGCUAUGUUUGCUAUGACACUUUGGCUUGGGAACACUGCUUACCUUUAUAUUUCUGUUUCAUUUGCUCAGAUGUUGAAAGCAAUCAUGCCAGUAGCUGUCUUCAUCCUUGGAGUUGCAGCUGGACUCGAAGUGAUGAGCUGCAGGAUGCUUCUCAUAAUGUCUGUAAUCAGCUUUGGUGUACUAGUAGCUUCUUAUGGAGAAAUAAACAUUAACUGGGUUGGUGUCAUCUACCAAAUGGGAGGGGUUGUUGGAGAAGCUUUGAGACUUAUAUUUAUGGAGAUUCUGGUAAAACGGAAGGGCCUCAAGCUAAACCCCAUAUCUGUCAUGUACUAUGUUAGCCCAUGCAGUGCUCUUUGCCUUUUAGUUCCAUGGAUCUUCUUGGAGAAACCAAAGAUGGAUGAACAACUGACAUGGAGCUUUCAUCCUCUUGUUCUAACUCUAAAUUGCAUAUGUACCUUUGCGCUGAAUCUCUCUGUUUUCCUGGUGAUCUCACAUACAAGUGCCCUGACCAUCCGUGUCGCUGGAGUUGUCAAAGAUUGGGUGGUUGUACUGCUAUCUGCACUACUUUUUGUUGAUACGAAGCUGACACUUAUUAAUCUUUGUGGUUAUGCUAUUGCUAUUGCAGGUGUAGCUGCAUAUAACAGUCACAAGUUAAAAAAGGAAGCUUCCCGAGUAAUCUCAGAUGAGUCUCGAGAUGCUCUACCUUUAAUUUCAUCUUCAACGUCCAAUGAGUAGAUCUAUGUGAAGAGCUACUUGCAGUCUAUUCUGAGGUCUUGAAUGUAAAGGAGCAGAGAAGUAUGCAAAUUCCACUAUGUUUUCUUUCUUUUUUUGGGAGGAGGGGUUUGUUCAUUCUUAAAUGAUGCAUUAUUUGAGUACUGCUUCAGUAUUGUUUGUUUUAGAAGAAGCUACAGUCAAACAUGGUGAUGUUCAAGUCAGGAACUCGUCUACGGGUGCAACGUUCUCUACUGCUUCUGAGUUCGAGACAUCAGGGCACAAAAAGAGAAACAGUUACAGUGACGUAUAAGGUAGAGGAUCCAACCUUUUCUUUUAAAUGCAAAAAGGUUGGACAAACACCUCUCUUUGAUAAAGAGGUUGGACACAGAUAUUCUUUCGGUUGGACAUGGACAUCCAUAAGUGCUGCAGUUGAUAUGCUAAAACAGAUUCCAGAUGAUUUAUUGCAGCAGUACAUUGUAUAUUUUGUAUUAAAUUACUUUCAAAUGUAAAUCUGUUGGGAGGAAUUGAGUUGUUCUUAAGACAAUCUUCUUUGUAAGGCUAAUUGUUUUUGCUUGACAUCAGAGUUGUGACAAUAUUAAUGCUUGCUGUUUCCUCAA